CAUUAUAAUAUGUUUAUGAAGUGUACAAACACAGAGUAAUUGGAAAACAAGGUCUACAACUCUGUGACUUUGUUUUAUGGGCAGUGAAAGCUGAAACCAAACUUUAUUAUUUAUAAGAAAAAGAUUCAGUUAUACACACGUGUAUACCCUUGGCAUUCAUAUAUUAUGAUAUUAUGGUAUGGACCUUGACACACAGUAAUUAAGAGGAACCUGUACUAAGCAAUCCCAGUAUAGGAAGUGGUCAGUAGACUCAAGAACCUCUUGUGGCGAGUAUUUGUGAUAAAUUACUAGUUUAUACUGAUUGAAUUAUGUGUCAAAACCAAGUGUUGGUCUAUUAAUUUUGCAACUUGGUUAUGGCGACAUAGAAACAAAUAAUAUUAGAGAUGACGAAAGGAAAGACAUGUCGAGAGAGACUGAGAGAUAACGCUUUCCUUAUCCUGACGUCAGUGGGCAUUGGGCUGGGAUUCCUUCUUGGACUUUCUAUACAGAGGGCCCGUCCUAAUUCUGAUACGUUGAUGUGGAUAGGUCUUAUUGGUGAGCUGUACAUGCGGGCAUUGAAAGUUAUUAUAUUACCUUUGAUAGUCUGCACAAUUAUAUCAGGUACAUCUUCUACUGACGCAAAGUCCAGUGGGAAAAUUGGGUUUGUGGCCAUCACUUACAUAGUAUUGACGAAUGCGCUUGGAGGGAUAGUUGGAAUAAUUCUAUGUCUUCUGGUAGAACCAGGCUCAAUUUCUGGCAACAUUGACAAAACUACACAGCUGGAUGCUAGAAAUUUACAGACUGUUGACAUUCUGGCAGACUUUAUUAGGAACAUCUUUCCAGACAAUGUGGUUGGAGCAGCAUUGCAGGUGUCUCAGACUAAGUACACCGAACGUCCUGUGACCAGAUUGGUGAAGCUCAACUCCAGCCACACGUGGGACAAUGGAAGUGAUGCGAUGGUCAAUGUCACGGUAAAGCAGCUUACACGGUCACUGGGCAGUGCGUCUGGCACAAAUGUUUUAGGCUUGAUAGUUGUGAGUGCUGCGUUCGGUAUCGCAGCUUCCAAAGUUCAGGACAGAGCAACAAACUUCAUCAACUUCUUCAAGGCAGGCGCUGACAUCACUUUCACCAUUUUUGAUUGGCUCAAAUGGUCUACCCCAGUGGGCGUGGCUAGUCUAAUUGCACGUGCUAUAGCAGGCAUGGAAGACGUCACUACUUCCUUCUCCUCCAUGGGCGUGUACGUCGUGGUGGUUGCGGGAGGCAAUAUUGCCUUUCAGAUUUUGUUUCUCGGCGCCAUCUAUGCCAUUUUUACUCGACGAAACCCUGUCAGGUUCUUCAUGAAUGUAGCCAACCCUUGGCUGAUGGCUGUUGGACCUCCCAGCUCAGCUCUUCCUCUUCCAGUAUUGCACAAGAUGAGUACAGACAUCUAUAAAGUGGACCCCAGAGUGGCGGCAUUUGUUUUACCCUUUUCUGUGACAUUGAACAGAAACGGAAGUUGUUUGUUCGUGUCUGCUUCAUGUCUAUUUAUAGCCCAGUACUCUGGCUUAGCAUUAAGCACUGGAGUUAUUGUGACCAUAGGACUUCUGUCCAUCAUGUCCUCCCUGGCUAUUCCCAACGUGCCGUCUGCCAGUGUUGUGACCAUUCUCAUCAUCUUGUCCACUGUGGGAAUUCCUGCCACCAAUGUUGGCAUAGUGAUGGCUUUGGAAUGGAUCAAUGACAGAGCCAGGUCUACAACCAACCUUGUGAGCCAUCAGUUAGCUGUACUCAUUGCAUGGAAGUUUUGUAAGCGUGGCUUGAGGCUUCAAAGUGCUACACGGAGAGAACUUAAUGUUCUUGUAUAAAGUGUCAUGUCUGUAGAUUAUUUAAACUACUAUUGGUAUUGUUGGACCAGAUUCAUUUUUUAUAUUCUUUUCUAAUUUUAAAUAAAUGUAUUCAAAAACAAAAG